AUGUCCACCCGCUCCACGUUAGGUUACAGCGGCACCGCCAUUACACCCAACCCGCCACCCAGGCGCCUGGGACCAAAUCACGACGAGUUCCUAUUGUCCCCGAAACGUCUGUCACUAGAGCACCCGCACCCCCAAACUGGCUUCGGUUCAUCAGCGUCGUCACCCUCAUGUCCUCAAUCCGUACUGGCUCCUCGCCGUGACACCCGCGCCUCUCCUGUCAGCAUUAUUACUCCAUCGUUGGAAGUGGACGAUGACGAAGCGUUUGAUGAGGAAUCGGAAGCCGAGUUUCUGAGCAAAAUCGCAUGUCGGGGGCAGAGACGACUGAAGCGACUACGUGAUGCGCACUCCGACGGUGACGCUGCCAACACCAAAAUUCCAAAACUUGCCGAGCCCACCAGCCCCCAGCAUGAUGGCGGCGAAUAUUCGCAACACGUUAUCGCCACGACACACCUCUCCCCGCGCGACUCGACAGUGAGACAUGGACCUAUUGAGCCUGCGGAUCCGGACGCAUUGGCUGCAAGCGACACCCUCGAGGUAGACGAAGGGUUUUGCGACGAGAACGGCGAGGAGUAUGUGUGGCGACACUCGUCCACCGAGUUGUUACGACAAUCGAGCACCAACGGAUAUCGGCAAUUGGGGCCGCUCCGCUACCGAGCGUCCGGCCAAUAUACCUCAAGGACCCAACCCGUCGUCAGGAGCAGACCAAGAAUGCGCAAACGAAAGGACCUACCGACCUUACCGACCCCAGCUUCAGCAAACGAGGGUCCGAACUGA